GGCUAUAAUCACCAAUGCCAUUAUACCACAAUAUUAUAUUAUUCCACAACACUAUAUUAUAUCUUCUUAUUUUUAUACGUCAGGGCUAGUAAUAAAGUCUUUAAAGCCUUACAACUAUUUUUUACUUGUGCAUAACGUUUUGUUUUUAUAUCCCAGCUUAAAACGUGAAAAGUAACUUGUUUUCCAACCUGAACAUUGAUUAUUUUUCAACAAUAAUAUUUAUUCAAUGGACUAUCUAGCUUUAAAUUUAAACAUUUCCCAAUUACCAGCAAGUCCUACGCUUGAAAACCUUCGCAAUGUAAUCAUCCAUCUCGAAAGCUUAGACGAAAUAACCAACCAGCUUACAACUGGUAUUCCAAUCCUUGCCGUUAUCCAAUACCUCUUCCACCACAUACAGCUUAACUCAUACAAAGAGCAUAAAGAUCAACUCGAAUAUGACUUUAUACAAGCUGUGGCUACCGCUGUAUUAAACAGUAACCGGGCAGAGGGCUUGACGAGGCUCCAACCAAGAGUUGGUCAGGUACGGGCGAUCCAACGCAUCGCCUUCCGCUACGGCGAUACAAUACUAGUUGCAUGGACAGGAUAUGGAAAAACUAUCGUCUUCCAGACUGUAUCCAUCAUUAUGCAGAAGACAACAACUAUACAGCUAUGUCCCCUUAAGCGGUUAGGCCAAGACCAAUAUAACGCCCUCCUUCAAAUACCCAACGCACGACCACUACUUAUAAUAGACGAAACUGAUAAGGGUAAAUCUAUGUGGGAAGACUUAGCCAAAGGGGCUUUUACCCACGUUAUCCUCGGCCCGGAGCAAGCAACUCAAAAACAGUUCUACGAUUUGCUUAGAAACGCCACGUUUAACCAACAAUUGGCAUUUGUAGCUAUUGACGAGCUUCAUAUGGUACACCAAUGGAAAGACUUCCGAACGUCCUAUCCUAAUGUAUACCGCUUAAGAGCUAUGCUGCCUAAAGACGUGCCGUGGUUUGGGUGCACAGCUACCCUAAGCGAGGAGGCAGAGGAUUUUGCAUUGCCUAGCGCUGGCUUCCGGCGGGAAGGCAAUCGUAAAGGGGAGCUAUCCUUUAUCCGAGCUAGUGUUGACCGGCCUAACAUAACCUUUGUUAUAUCCCCGUUAGAUAAGGGGACUCUUCGUGACGAUUACAGGCGGUUGCAGUUCCUGCUUAGUGGUAUGAGGCGAGAUGCUAUCCAGGCUAUUGAGAAAACAGUUGUUUUUAUAGAUAGCAAGGUACAGCUAACCGCAGCUCGCCACUAUCUGAUAUCACAAGCUAUGAACCUGGGGUUGUCUUCUUCUGAGGCAGAACGCGUUAUCCGACGCUAUGAUGCAGAUACCCGACCAAGCGACCAAGAGCAGCUAUAUAGGGACUUUGUUGAGGACGACUCCCCUUGCCGAAUUAUGCUAGCGACUGUUGCUCUCGGGAUGGGAAUGGACAUCCGUGACGUAAGACGUGUUGUACAGUACGGGGCUGUUACAUCUGGUGACCUAGCAGAUCUAAUACAAAGGUUUGGGAGAGCGGUUCGGGACGGUAAAACACAGGGCACGGCGUACUUCUUCCCGCCCUAUUGGUAUUUUGACCUAUUAGGAGUGACUAAAGCCGAGGUGCCACCGCCGCCGCCGCCGCCGGAGGAGCCGAAAAAAGGGCGGGGGGGGCCGAAAAAGGGGCGGGGGGGGCCACGAAAGGUUAUACCCUCGCAAAGCAAUUUGCGGCAUUUAGCAAGCGCUCAGGCCAGUGCAUCAUAUACCAGCUCUGCUUUUGCCCCGCGAGACGCUGUAUCUGUUGCAUCAUCUGCUGCAUCGUCUGCUGCAUCAUCUGCUGGUAGCGAUAAUAUGGCUCCUAGAGCAGACCCAACCCUCGGGCAAUUUGGAAACAUCUACCCAAAAUAUUGGUCAAAAAGCGAUAUAAAAGCCAGGGAAAAACUGCGAAAAAAUCAACCCGAUAUCUAUGGUUUCGUCAACGCUGUAUGCUUUAGGGAAUUUGCGUUAAAAUUCUUGCAGCAGCCAAGGGGGGAUAAUGUUGAAGGCGCAAAAGCGGUUGCUAUAGAAGUAUGUUGUAACGGGUGUUAUCACGAGCUAGGCCGGCUCCCUGCUCUUCCCCCUAAGCCGCCCCCCGAAAAGGCACCUUCGAAAGGAAGUAGGCCAUGGUUUAUAUGGCAGGAGGUCGAUGCGUUCUGCGUACAACAGGCCCAAGAGCUAUAUGCAGGAUUGGGUUGUAGGAUGAAGAUACCGGGGGCGAUUAUUAUGCCACGAAAAAUCCAAUGGAAAGUGGCAAGCAUUAUUGAUCAGGCAGCCAACUCAGGCAAUCUUGGCCAAAUGGUCGACAAUGCUCUGCUAUCGAUUGACCAAGAGCAGGAGGGACGCGUUAGGCUCGGGCAGGCAUUAUGCGCUUUGAGCUCUAAGAUACGUCUUGACGCCGCAAUAAAGCAUCGACGCCACCUCGAUAACCAAAGUGAUAACCGGGCUGCCAAAGGAGCUGCGAUAGUCGCAUCUGCCUCUAUACCAAGGGAAAAGCCGCAGGCUAGCCAACAGCACGCAGCCGUAUCUCUUAUGCCUAAUAGACCUUCAGGCUAUAUAGGACCGUCGAUCACUGGUCUUCAAUCGACGUCUACCAACGCAAUAGCAGCAGUAUUAUCUCCGUCGCCUAGCCUCCAACCUGUUGAAAUAUCGCCAGACCUUCAUACAACAGCUACUUUCGCGCUUGUCAUAGAUGAUAUCAGACCACUUAAGCGUGGUAGGGCACCAACAGGGAUAAAUAGUCCAUCGCAGGCGCCGCUGUCGAAAAAGCCACCGCCAAAAGGGUCUUAAAUUCUUUAACAGGUAAUUUCGCGUAAUCGGUAGUCUCGCAAAAUAUCGGAAUAAUUGGUAUUGGCUAGCAUUAAAGGUUACUGUAUAAAUUAGAUAAAAAAACAAUUAAUAAAUAGAUUUCAAUGAAUGCUGUUGGCAUGGAUGCUUUAUUAGUUGUUGAAAAUAUGACGUUAAAUUUGGGUGAAAAAGACGCGUU